ACCAGCAUGAAGUAUCCAAGCUCUGCUGCUGCCUUCUUUCUCUUGCUGGGCAUAUCAAGGUGUUUUGCACUGCCAAUAUCAAUAUCUGAUGAAGAAGACAGCGAUGAGUUUACAAAACAAGAUUUUGAGUUUGCAGAGCGCUACCUAAAGACUCAUUACAAUCUCCGGUUCAAUCCUGCUGGGAUACUGAAGAAGUCAGCUGACACAGUUGCAUCUAAGCUUCGGGAAAUGCAGGCGUUCUUUGGACUGGAAGUAACAGGCAAGCUAGAUGAAGAGACAUAUGAGUUAAUGCAACAGCCUCGCUGCGGUGUUCCUGAUGUCGGGGAAUACAAUUUUUUCCCUCGAAAGCUGAAGUGGCCUAACACUAAUUUAACAUACAGGAUUGUAAAUUACACCCCUGAUCUGAAAAAGUCUGAAGUGGACAGAGCACUCAAGAAAGCAUUCAAGGUCUGGUCUGAUGUGACACCACUCAACUUUACACGAAUUCGCAGUGGUACCGCUGACAUCAUGAUCUCCUUUGGAAGGAGAGAGCAUGGUGAUUUCUAUCCCUUUGAUGGCCCUUCUGGACUAUUGGCUCAUGCUUUCCCUCCUGGACCGGAUUUUGGAGGAGAUGCUCAUUUUGACGAGGAUGAACUGUGGUCAACAGAUUCCAAUGGAUACAACUUGUUUCUUGUGGCUGCCCAUGAGUUUGGUCAUUCACUGGGACUUGAGCAUUCCAGAGACCCAGGAGCUUUGAUGUAUCCAGUUUACACAUACACGGGCAACACAGGCUUUUUGCUUCCAGAUGAUGACGUACAAGGGAUCCAGGUUCUAUAUGGUGCAGGAGACCAUGAUCCCCAUCCCGAUCAUCCCAAAACGCCUGAGAAAUGUGAUACAAACUUGACCCUUGAUGCAAUCACAGAACUUCGAGGAGAGAUGAUGGUCUUCAAGGACAGGUUCUUCUGGCGCCUGCAUCCUCAGAUGGUUGAUGCGGAUUUGGUACAAAUCAAGUCAUUUUGGCCAGAAAUUCCCAUCAAGAUUGAUGCGGCGUAUGAACAUCCUGGCAAUGACCAUGUGCUGCUUUUUAGGGGGAGGAAAUUUUGGGCUUUGAACGGCUACGACAUAGUUGAGGGCUAUCCUAAAAAAAUUUAUGAAUUGGGCUUGCCAAGAUCUGUGAAGGCAAUAGAUGCAGCUGUCCAUAUAAGUGACACCGGCAAAACUCUCUUUUUCGCUGAAGAAAAAUACUGGAGUUAUGAUGAACAGAACCAAGUUAUGGACAAAGGCUCUCCUAGAUAUAUUGAGGACGAUUUCCCUGGGAUCGGACACCAAGUGGAUGCAGCCUAUCAUAAAAAUGGUUAUAUAUACUUUUUCAGCGGACCACUGCAAUUUGAAUUCAGCAUCUGGAGCGAAAGAAUUAUUCGGGUCUUGAACACCAACUCCAUUUUCUGGUGCUGAUUCCAUUGGACCAGGUUCUGAACUGUGGAACAAGUUGUCAUCCAUGAAAAAUAAUAUUGUGGGUCUUGGGGUUUUAUGUAUGAACCAGUCAGCUUGAUUCUGUGAACAACCUCUGGUCAUUCAGCCUUUGACUUUAUAUUGUAUAU